AGCCCCCUCACGGUACAGUACAGACUACACAAAUCGCCCUCAAUUCCUCGCUCUCUCGCCGGCCAAGCCACGACCUCACAACCCAACCAACAUGGCGCGUAUCCGCCUCGCCCCCCUCUCCACACUCACCCAAACCCGCUACGUCAUCCACCUCUCGAACAAAAAACGCCUCGUCCUCUUCCGUCUCCCCACCAUCGACCCGAAACCCAACCCCAAUCCCAGAUCCCCCUCAGCAUCAACAUCAGCAUCAGAAUCAGCAUGUGCACCCCGCAACGAGUCCAACGGCUGGUCCUACUACGCCAUGGAGGCCGAAUGUCCGCACGCGGGGGGGCCCAUGCAAGAUUCGACCAUCGAUAUUGAAGACUCGGCGUAUAUUGUGUCGUGUCCGUGGCAUGCGUAUGAUUUUAAUGUGGAGACGGGGGAGUCGAGUGUGGGCAUUCAGGCGUGUACGUUUCCGGUGGAUGUGCGGGGGGUGGAUGGGGUGGUGGUUUUGGAGUAUCCUUCGGGGGAUAAGGUGGAGGUGGUGAGGCUGGAGGCGGUGAGUGAGGUUAUGAAGUUGAAGAAGGGGGCGGUUGGGAGUGCGCAUGGGAAUGGGAGUGGGAGUGGGAGUCGUGGUGAGGUGGAGGAGUUACGGUAUCUGGGUGAUGAUGCGACGGUGUGUGAAUGGUGUGCGCAUAUUCUGAACACCUCCAACCCGGAACAUAAGAUUGAGUUGACGGCGCAUUUAUUCAAGUUGUUCACGGAACGGGAAGGCACGGAGUCCCCGAUGGUAAUUGGGAGCCGGACAGGAGUGGCAUUACCGGAUCUACCGCCGCGGGAUGGCGUCAAGGAUGUGAACCGGACGGCAGUCCCGAAGCCCGGACGAGGCGGGACGCAGAAGAGUCGGAUUAACAUGCUACAUGCGCUCGCGAACAUCGAGCAAUGGGCGAUCGAUCUCGCGGUGGAUAUCUGCGUGCGGUUCGCGACGUUCCAGACGAACGGGGCCGACGCACGCGGGCUACCACGGGCAUUUUUCCACGACUGGUUGAAAGUUGCGAACGACGAAGCGAAGCAUUUCUCACUCCUGCGGACACGGCUCGAGGAGCUGGGGUCAUAUUUCGGAGCACUGCCGGUACAUCAUGGCCUAUGGGACUCGGCGACGGUGACGGCGCAUGAUCUGCGAGCGCGGAUUAGUAUCAUUGCGUUGGUGCAUGAGGCGCGCGGGUUGGAUGUGAACCCGGUGACGAUUGAUAAGUUCCGCAAGGCGGGCGAUCAGGAGAGUGUGGAUACGUUGGAGAUUAUUCAUAAUGAUGAGAUUACGCAUGUCACGACGGGUCAUCGCUGGUUGACGUGGAUUUGUGGCCAGGAGGAGACGGAUCCCGUGCAGGUGUUUCGGGGCAAUGUGCAGAAGUAUUUCCGGGGGCCGUUGAGGGCGCCGUUUAAUACGGAGGCCAGAUUGCAGGCCGGUUUGGAUCAGAGGUAUUAUGAGAAUUUGUCGGGGUAUGAUGUGGUGCAGGCUGCCUGAUCAUUGACGAGCAGUUGCUUUGUUUGACAGCGCUUCGAAAGUUAUGAUCUGGGUGGUGAUACCCUGCAGAAAGCGCGUGCGUAUCCACUGGACAAGUCUCACCGACUGACCCUAGGGUCCAUAACUGCCGGUAGCAUGAGCAUCAGGAUCAGAGUGGACAUUUACCUGUCGGUAGUUGUCCCCGGGGAAACUGUGGCAUCGAGAGCGGGCGUCUCAGGUACGCCUCCCGAGUACUCCCCCAGUACUUCUGGUCAAAAUAGACACCUG